AGUUAAAUAAUAAUAUAACUAGAAGACUUAUAAACAAAAAAUCCCAACUACAUAAAUUAUUUACUUAUAACGAUAAUUAAAGAUUUUUUCUCUUAAUCAAUUUAAGUUCAUUUUGUAAUAAGAUUUUUCAAAUAAUUAUUUUUCAAAUAAUUAUUAAAUGUUAAAAUUUUUUAAAUAAACUUAUUUAGAAAAAUAAAUUAUCAAAAAUAAAUUUUAUAAAAUAAAAUAAAUAAAUAUAAUUAUAAUAAUAUAUAAUUUUUUACAACUUUUUAAUAUUAUUUCAUAAUUUAUAAUUUUCCUAUAUACUGAAAAGUAUAGAGCUAUAAUAUUUAACACAUAGCAUGCAAUAACAUAACCUUUGUAUCACCAAAACAAAUAUAUAAUGCGACCGCAAAAAUUUCGACUUCCAUGUAAUAUAGAAAGUUUUGUACACACGGAUAAAAAAGUAGUGAUCGUAUCUGUAUUUGGAAAAUCACAAUAUUAUGCAAAAGGAUGUAAAACCAAUAUGCUCAGUUCCAUUCUACAAGUGAGCCUCCUAGAUGAACCAGAAGUGGAUAAAGAAUCAUUUUGUGAGAUUGAAGGAUAUUAUGAUUCUAAAGAUAGAACUAUAUAUUUACAUUUAAGAGGAUUAUUAGAUACUCAUACUCUUUUAAUGGAAUACGAUAAAUUUAUAGAACAACAAGACUGUAAAGAUUUUCUUAGUAUAUGGGCACAUAUGAGAGAUAAAUAUGCAAGAGCAUUACUUGUUUUGUUUCAUAUAUCACAUGUUAUUAUUCUUACUCAUCCAACUCAUACAUUUGAUUAUAGUUAUGUACACUUAUUCCGAGCUAUGGAUAUUGUAAGACAAAAAGUUUCACCACAACUUUCUGAUGUCUUAAGUUGUAUCUAUAGUUUACCUAAAGAUUGGAUAUCAAAUGUAAGACCCUGCUCUCCGCGAGUUUUAUUUUAUUUUGAAACUUGUCCUGCAGUAUUUCAAGAUCCUACUAGUGGAGCUAAUAUUAAAAAAUUAGAACAUUCUUUGGAAGAUCAAAUAUAUCAAGUAUUGAGAAAAAACCGUAUAGUAACUAAUAUUAGUUCAAAUUCAUUGUUUGCAAUUCCUGCAAACCAAGAAUUUGUUUAUGUACAUACGGGUACAACUGAGUCCAAAGAUAUUUUGGGUUAUAUGGCAAGAAAACUCAUACAAAGUUGCAAAGUUAGUUCUGGAGGAAGUACUUCUAGAAGUUUAGCAAGUCAAGAUUCCAAUAUUCAAAUAGAUAAUACAGAUACUGAAAUUCGUUCCUUUAGAUCAUUUCUACAACAGCACAUAAACUUAGCUUUUGCGAGAGGUUUCGACGAUAAUGUUGGAAGACAUUCUAUACCUGCCUAUUUUGAGAUACCUAAUGUCACAAUAUUCUGCGAAGUAGCGAACAAAAUAUAUGAUUAUUUCAUUCAUGGAACAGAUAAAGAAUUACUAACUUUGCAUAGCUUAUUAGAUACUGAUGUAAAAUUCAGUAAAAGCAGAUGUAGUAAAGUACUUCCACGAGCUCUUCAGACUUAUCAAGAAAAUCUACCUCAACAUUAUACAAGAACAUAUCAUGAGACAAAACUAGCUCAUGCAAUGGCAGUUUUUGAGAUGCAUGCAAGAGGUCCUCUAUUUGAAGAGUUCAGUGAAAAGUUACAGACUGAAUGCGAAAAACAUUGGAGAUCUGGUAGGCAGAUGUGUGAAGUAUUGUCUUUGACAGGGAAUCCUUGUACGAAUCCAAUACAUAGAGGUGGAAGUGAAGGUGCUGGUGGAGGAGAACAGGCAGAACAAAGAGAUAACGAUAAUGAUUUACCAAUCAGAGAACAUUGCAGUGGCGUUCGAUAUAUUUGUGCUUGUAAUUGUGGUCGGUGUCAAGGUUCAAGAGAAGAUCCAUUUAGUUUAAGACAAGCCAAUUAUGAUUACUUUCAAAUAUUAGCCAAACAAUGUGGCUGUGCACAAUUGGAGAACAUACAAUUUCCAGUUUUCCAACCAAGCACACAUAAUUACAGACCAGCACAAUUGUUUUCUACUAAACGAAAAGAUUCUUUUAGUCAUGGAGAGUCAUCUCAAGGAAAUACUCAGGCUUGUAGCUUAGGAGUUAAUACUUUAAAUGAUGAUAUUCGAACACCAUAUGGAAGUGGAGGUCAAUCACCUCCAACAAGCGAAACUAACGAAGAUGUUCCUAAACUUAGUAGUAAAACUAGCUUAACACCUAGCGAUGCGCAUAAAGUUGUUAUCGAAGUAUCGGAUAGUGAUGCAGAAAACGCAAAAGAGAAAUCUUUGGUCAGGCAACCUUCAACAACGGAAUAUCUACCAGGAAUGUUACAUACAGAAUCACCAGCUGGUUUAUUGCCACAAUUUUCCAGUUGGUCUUUAGUUUGUCUUGGUCCAAGUAGUUUAUAUUCUCACAAUUUGGGUUUACAACAUCAAGCUGGUGUUUUAUCUACUUCUGCCUUUCUUUUACCUUGGGAUGUUACAGUAAGAUUAGAACAUCAGAAAGAGAGAGGUUCUUUGUGGCCGACUAUAAGUGAUCAUGGAUCUCAUGGCUAUUGUCCCAGAGGAAAGAAUUUUCAGAAUAUGAAUACUAUACGUAGUCGAAAAUCAAAGGGUGGAAAAGAAUUUGUAGUGAAAAUAUUUGUAGGAGUAGAAUACGAAUGUCCGCGAGGACAUAGGUUCAUGGCAUCUGCGCCAGAUAAAGUUUUGAAAGCUACCGGAAAUGGAAUUGUAAAAGAUAGUGGAAAUAAAGUUACAUCCAGUACUGCGGAUAUGCCACUUUAUUUUCCAUGUCCUUGCAGACAAACAAAACCUUUAAUUGCUCAAUUAAUGAGAAUUCAUGUAGUAACACCAAAAGCACCUGUUCAUGUUACAUUAAAUCCUAGGGUACAACCUGGACCCCCACCUUGUCCAAUUUUUAUUACUGGUUGUGACGAACCAAUAAAAUUGUCGCAAAGUGCCUACUGGGUCUUAAGAUUACCAUAUGUAUAUAUGGAUGAGAAAGGACCAUAUUUAGCGCCAAAAGAACCCGUUCCAACAUCACAUGGAAGAUUAUUAGCGGGAAUGUACGGAAUUAGCGAAGUACUUCCAGAAAAAAAAUAAAACAGUAUUAAUUUUUUAUUAAAAAACGAUUUAUAUGUAAAUUAUAUCUUGUAAAUAUAUAAAAAUGAAAAAAGUGCAUAUUA